AUGCUGAAUGCCGUAUUGCUGGUUGUAUGCAUCUGCAUACUCCUGUCCGCCAUAUUCUACCUCUUCUUCUGGAACCGCUUCUUCGCCUUCGUCUUCAGCCUCAUCCUUCGGCUUGCGCUCUGGAACCAGGGAGAGUCCAGUCUAUGGCUUGAGUUUGGGGCGAUCCACUUCUCCACCCUUGCAGGGCGUAUACUCAUCAAGGACCUCCGCUACCACUCGAGCAACCAGACGUUCCGUAUCGUCAAAGUCCAGCUCUCCUGGAGAUACUGGCUGCGGAGACCUGCAGAAGAGGAGGACUUGAGCCAUGCACGCGUCAUCGGCGAGGACACGACUGGCAAGAGCAGCUCGCCGCUCGCGUGCAGGGUGCACAUCUCCAUGCAGGGUCUCGAAUGGUUCAUGUACAACCGGACCGCGUCGUUUGAUAACGUCAUCUCGCAGUUGGAUGUAGAGAUGCCUAGCACGCCUGCUGCGACUCCCGUUCCGGAUGGGGCCGCGUCCGUACGGAAGGUAUUCAGUAGGACGUCUGUCUUACAUGACUCGUCGAUCCUUGGUCCCCCUGUAUCCUUGGUAUCCUCCAUUUACAAGCAUACCCCAACAUUCGUCAAGCGGUCCGCGUCCUGGGUACAGAGUCAGCUGCCGAAUCUCGACCCCAAAGACCUCCUCCCCAUCAGUAUCGAAGCCACCAAAGGUGCUAUCACCAUUGGGAAUGCAUCCACACCAAACCUGCUCGUUGCGGAGUUCCGUCGAGCCGAGGGCACAUACGGCGUCGUGGAGGCACGUUCGAAACACGACCUCUACAAGCAGGUCCUGAAUAUCAAGCUACUCGACCCCUCUCUGUCCUACGUGGAGAACGAGAGGUAUACGAGCCCGAUGGUCGAGGUUGGCCGCACGAUACACGAACGCGUCGUCCGGUCGGGAGGUACGCCCCUCCGCCGCAGGUCGUACCUCUCGUUCUACAGCUUCCAGAGGAUCUGGCAGGAGUUGAAGGUGUGGGCGUGGGUGUCUGCGAUCAGCCCCUCCUCAAAGCCCUCGCAUCAUGGUGUGUCUAUGCCUCAUCCGCCAACCUGGAACUGGUGGAAACACCAGAAGAGCGUGGACGAGGAGACUCCGUCUGGCGCUGACUUGGCGACGCUGGAGUAUGCGAUCGACCGCAAGAUCCUGGAAGCGCCGGUGCUAGAGCUAUUGUACUACGCCGACGUUGUAGGAAUCGUCCCGGCUCCGGCGGCAGGGCAGGAGGGCGAAGACGAGAGUCUCGACCCGUUCGAUAUCGGCAACGGUGACCUUCCGCCCGAGUGGGGUAUCGAUCUCGUCGUCAGAGGUGGAUUUAUCCGUUACGGUCCCUGGGCGGACCGCCAGCGAAUUCAACUCCAGCAUGCGUUUUUCCCGCCCACAUAUGCGAACGCAACGCCCACUCCUCGGUUGAAGCCCGGGGAUAUGCGAAUGUGGACUGGGAUGAAGGUGUUCAUUGAGCUGAGGGACGGUGUCUCGCUGCUCAUUCCGUUCCGUGAAGCGUCCAAGAACUGGCAAUGGGACAAGGCUGACGUCAAGAAUAAGCUCAGGAAACGCGAGGCCGCGUCCAUACAUCUGCGCGCCGGUGACAGCUCAACGAUCAGUUACAUCGUUCCUAUGAUCGCCUCUUCUAAGGGCUAUUUGUCUAUGCUCGAGGUCCAUCUGGACACAGUCACCGUAACGUCAAGCCUGAACGACAUCCGCUUGCUCACCGCGGAGUCCUGCCGCAUUCGAAGCCAUCUCCCCACCCCGCUCAAAUGGAAUGGUUUGAGGCAAUGGACUUUCGCGAUCUCUCUUCGGCAGCCUUGCUUCUACUUGCUACGGGACCAUAUCAAUAUGAUCACUGAUCUAGGGAAGGACUGGAGCUCAGGUCCGCCAACCGACCCCAGUCUCUUCACGCCGAUGAUAUACGUCAUUGACCUCGACAUGCACAACUACACAAUCAACCUCUAUGUGAACGAUCACAACAUCAUCGACAAGCCUCUCAUCAAGGAGGACAAUGCCAUACUCACUCUGCGUGGAACUCACUUCACACACGGACUACAUAUGCCAUUCACGAAGUACCGUCCAAACGCAUCCACGGUCUCCUUCUGGAUUGAAGCUCCCGACAUCUUUGUCGACCUCUCUCUUCCCCGUUGGAACAUCUUCAGCCUCUUCCCCACUCCCGAUCGAAACCAGGUCGGGCACCUUGGCAUGUUGAACAUGAGCGGCUCCUAUCGCUACUUCGCCGACGUCAAACCAGAAAACGCGGACCAACUCAAACUUGAGUUUGCUGGUCGAGACGGUGUCUAUAAGGCGUUUGGAUGGACGAUACGAUAUCUCAUGAUUUUGCGAGAGAAUUACUUCGGAUCGUUUACUCACUUCUCUACGCUCACCGAGUACUUGGAUAAGCGUAAGGCGGGUCAGCCACUUGGGGAUCCCAUCCACUUGCAAUAUCGGGAGGGUCAGUCAAAUGCCAUGCAAGUCACCGUGAGCUUGGCGGUGGACAACGCGUUGAUUGCUGUCCCUGCUGGCUUCCCGGGAUACGAGAAAUACACUAUCGAGCACGCCCACAACUCACCUGAGGACCUUGGGCCAUGCUUGAUGCUCUCCCUCCCGGCCUUGCAACUCCACCUGAGAACGAACGACUAUUACAUGGAGAUGUCGCUCAACGUUGACCCUAUCACCGGACGGCUCAACGAGCACUGCUACAACGCUUCUCUAUUCUCUACGCCAACCCAUUUCGGCACCAAGAAGGAGAAGAUUGUCAUCGACGGCCUUGAUAUCCUUGCAAACCGGCUCUUCGGGCAUCGUCCGGCCGCCUCGACUUAUGUCUGCAUCUGGGAGAUUCAUAUCGGAGACGUGAAGGCGGUUCUCAACUCCUAUGAGGCACGUCUCCUGUCAACGGUUGGAUCAUCUUUUGGUCUCAAUUUCUCGGAUCCUCUGAAUUCGCCUGCGAAGGAAUACGCGAUUCCUGCAGAUCCAGAUGUGACUUUCUUGAAAGUACGCGUAGACGCAGUGAAUAUCGUGUGGUCUGUCAACAAUGCUGCAAUGGAACUUACGCUCCCGAACGGGGUGCGGUUCGACUCCAACGAUCUUGCUGGCAAGACAUUCCGCAAGGUCACGGGCAUUCGCUUGCCUCAAGCGACUGCCAAGCUGCUCCUCGCGUCUAAGCAAGACCGCGCCCGUUGGAUUGAAGUGGCCGAUGCUCACGUUGAUGUCGAUAUCGACAUUUACUCGUCGCCUCCUGGAUGGCAAGAAUCAGCCCAGCUGCAAGCGGAGUUCGUCGCCGCGCAGGACGGGAUCACCGGGCGAGCAAAAAUCUUGUAUUCUCUCGAUGAUCCAGCCAAUAACGUUCGACGCAUGCGACCGGGUCGAGGGAUCCUCGACAGCGACUUCUACCUGCCGCAGAUCCGAAUCCCGAGGUUAUAUUCGGUAGAGACAGUUGAAGACCAUAUGACCAUACCUAUUCCCCAAGUGCGAGAAGAUCUAUCCGAAUCAGACACAGAACCCCUCCCAGAAGCCGUGCGCGAUGCUCGCGUCGCUGAUCUUCGUCCUGCCAACAUCACCAUUGAAGUACUCAGUGACGGCGAACAAGAUCUGACAAGCGGCGACGAAUCGGACGACACCGACUCCACGGACUACAGUACCGACUACGAUGACACAUUCGACGAGGCCUCAGUGGGGCCCUCCUGGCUUCAGGUCAACCGCUACAGUGGCCAUUGCAAACAUUACGAAGGGCGCUUCAUAUCUCGUCCGUCCUUUUGGCAUGUGUCACCAUUCACUCGCACACGCGAUGUCACUCGGGCUGGUCGCAACGUCACCCAUGAGCCACUGACUGGUGAUGCUGUGCUUGCGUCCGCAUUUGCUGCUGCCUGGGCCGAUGUAGACGAGGACGAUGCCGAAGACUGUGAUAGGACCAUAUUCCGCGCGCGUUCGAAGCAUGGCGUCUGUGUGUGGAUGACUCCCUUGAUCUUACCGGUGUUCAACCAAUUGCUAGAGGAUUGCAAUGUUAACCUGCUGAGCCCAGAGCUCCGGUUUGACGUGCUCACGAUGCAAUUCAUCAAAGCGUUCAAAUCGCGUCCUGGUCCGCCAGGCGCUGUUACGACAUUCGACAUUCACAUCCCAAUCGCGGAAGUCUAUUCAUUGCAGCUAGUGGAUGCGCUCGCCCCACUAGGGACUACGGCCCGCGGUGUCAAGAAGCCUGCACAACAUGGCGAAUCAUGCGCCACUGCGGUCGAAUUGAUCACGGAGGGGCUGCACUUACGUGCGCGAACUGCAUCAGGCGCGAACCAACCCUCUCGAAAUGACAUUUCUGGAGCGUUCUCGUCUAUACGGGCUGCUCUACUGUCGAAAGCGCCCUCUAGAGGUUCAUACAGGCAGGAUCAAGGCAAACUGUGCUACAUCGCUGUCGGGCCAAGCUUCGCGUCGAUAAUGCGUCGCAAUAUCUCAGUGUCCUUCGGAGUCAUCUCUGCAGAUAUAGGCCAUGCCGCUCCUGCCUAUCUUUUCGCAACGUCUGUCGUCCUCGCGAAAGCGUCGUUAGGGAUUGUAGAGGCACGGAAACAUUCGGCAACCUCUGUCGUGAUCACGGAACCCCAACUCAUUCAUGCUGUCCUCAAAAGUUCGCAUGACAGAGCCGUGGUCGACCCACUAUCUACCAUACAGCCUUCAUUCCUCAUCCAACACGGUCUUCCGGAUAGAUUGCGGAAGGAUGCGACAUUCAAGUUCUUGGUAUACUUGCGAAGCUGUCUCCGCUUCCUAGAUGAGGGCGAGCGUCAGACCAUCUACACCUCUCAACCAGACAUAUCCGUCGACAAUGUCCUCGACACCCUCCAGGCGCAAUGGUACAAUUUAGCGGGCGACGACGACUCGUCCAGCCUAUCGCAGCAGACUCUUCUACAGGAACUCCUUGGUGGUCGUCGAGAAGCGGAUGCAACCCGUCGGACUCCUUUCUGGGAGUUCCCCUAUGACACGAUGUCGUUCUCUUUAGACGGGAUGCGCCUAGCCUUGCGACAUUUCGCUGAGGGUACGGAAAGCAACUUCGUAGCUGGUCCAAUCACCGUCACAAUACACCAGCAUUUGGGGGACCUGGUACAACCCAUCACAUGGACGCCUGGAAAGAGCCAUCCUAACCUGCUGUCGAAGGAUAGAGAGCGUCGUGCCUUACUUCGCGUCUCCCUGUCCAUCUCUCUCGACUGCAUAUCUUCCACAGUCCACCCACAGCUGGUCGAGUUCACGCAGAUCGCCUUGCGAGACUACAGGCAACAUAGCGCUGCCUUGCAAUCAGCACUCAAGCAUGAUCGUUCGCUUGAUACCGGACGCAAUCCCCCCUCUACCGCUCAUUCCCCGUACACUCCUGCUAGGUCAACGCCGUCGGUCACGGUAGACUGCACUCUUGCGAUGCGGUCUUUCACCUUCACCGCGGCGGCGGAACAGCUCAUCGUGCGCUUCAGGAAUGCCGACAUCACCUACGCAUCAUCGCUGCUCGCCAAUCCCCCUUCGCAAGAACACCUCGUAUGGGAGGUCUCGACAAAUCACUCCCUCAUGUUCAACCAGGCGGUCCUUGAAGCCUGUUCGGCCGCUACUCCGGCGUCACAGCAAGCAAGCGUUCUCGCAUCAUUGACCUUCGCAGACGGGCGGACCAACGUUAUGCUGCAGCGGGACAUUCACCGUAAUCUGACCCUUCGCGCCCUUGCCGGCCUGGGCGAGCUGCAUCUUGACGUGCCGCGAAGCGCUCUGCGGCUAUACCGAUUUGUCGAGGGUUGGCGUGCGGACUACUUGCCCGGUAUCGAGGUGACCGUUCGCGGGCUGUUAAACGAACUUGGUAGUUCGUCGAAGGCUCCGAGUCGUUCGUCCUCCCAAGUGUCGCAGUCUCCCAAGCUGCUCAACUUCCAGAUCCAGACCUCCAUCGCUUCUUGCAGAGCUACGCUCCGGGUCAUGCACGGCACUUGGUUAUCUUGGGAAGUGCGCGACACGAUUGCGUUCCUGCUUCACGACAGCCGCCGUAAAGGCGCCCAUCUCUUCGGCCUCCAGAUGGGGCCACAUGUCUUCGAUAUCUCGCGGUCCCGCAGUGAAAUGCAGCCGACUCGGAACUCUGGCAUAAGACUGUCGUUCCCCACGAUUACGCUCCGUGGCAAAUACGAUAGCAGUGGUCUUGAGGGCUUGGCUCUGGUCGAAUUCUUUCAUGUUACCGUCCGACCCUCUGACUGGGACACACUUCUAUCUGUUCAGCAGAAGUCUGGUCAAGACUUCAAUGACCUCAUCCACAUCAUUGAACAGACACGCCAGAAGAGGCCACCGCCUACUUCCCCCGCUUCACUCCCUACCGACAAGGCUAACAAGAAGCCCUUCAAGUUCAGCGGUUCGUUCAAGAUGAAGGGUUUCCGCAUAGGCCUGGAAGGACUCACAUCCACGCUCUUCCUAGAGUGUGACGACAUCAGUGGAGGCAUCGGGAAUAUGAGUCGUUCUCUCUGGCAUAUCAGGCUGUCCGACCUGGCGCUCUCCCUUGCUGCCCAAGACUCCUCGAUCGGUGUGCCUGCUCAUAGAGAACGUCGAUCGGCUUUCGUUCGAGUGGACAUUGAAGCGGGUAUGGGCAGGCAGGCGGAUACAGGCGUGCAGCAUCUGCAAAUUUCUGUCAACAAGAUCCACGCUGUCAUGCAACCUAGCUCGAUUGGCGAAUUAGCUGACUACGUUGACCACCUCCAGGCCGAUGUGCUCAUUCGACAAGAACAACGUGCGACCGAGCUGGAAGAAUUCAAGGAGAAGACGAGAAGCCUCAUGAAGUCUCUGGAUGUCAAGAUUGGAGAGCCGAAAGCUUCAUCUGAGGAAUCGUUCCUCGAGCUGUACAACAUAUCGUUAACAGUCAGGAAUGUCGGCGUGGCGUUUCCGCUCACACUCGCUCGGGACCUCCAGAUGCCUCGUUCGGGAAGUCUGGAUGACAGUACCGUCCGUGCUUUCCUCUUUUCAGUAAAGACCAUCGAGUUCGGAACGCAACUCGGACGGAGUGGACAGGCGUCUAUGACGGGCUUCUCCUUCCAGUUUGUCUCGAGAUUCCGGCAGGGCAAUUCAGCUGAUUUCUGCGGCGAGAACCAUAAGACGAAGAACAAGCUCAUAUAUCCUGAAAUGACCGCUAAACUGAGGUCGGAACGCGUGGCGGACUCUCGCCUCUCAUCCAUUGAGGCGGAAGUCAGUGGAUUCAUCCUAGACGUUGAUUCUUCGAUACCCGACUUCGUCUCCUCCCUUCUUGAGGUUUACCGUCGAGGUAAAGACCGCGUCGAGCGUCUGGCGUAUAGCGCACCUCGCUCUUCACCCAGCAGCGAACCUACUCCCCCCUUGGAGCCUGCACAUGCCGAAGAACGCUAUGGAGCACUCCUCACCUCGAAUGUGCUUGCUUCCCUGACCUUUGCCAGUGGUAAGGUUCGCAUGCACUCCAGAGAACCAAUUGCGCACCAGCCUCGUAGUCGUCCGCCAUCCACCUCGCUUUAUGGUCGCAUGGAGGAUUCUGGUGGGCCGGAAGAGUUCAACCUACCCGAAGUAUCAAUGUGGGUUGAGUUCCGAGCUACUCCUGCUGUGCACAAACUCGGCAGCAAAGGACAGCCUGCGGAGCCAUCAACUUUGAUCUUCAAGAGCACUAUCCACUCGAGUCAGAACACUCUUCGGCCGACCCUCCUACCGUUCUUUACCGAGCUCAUGGCGAAGGUCGAAGAACACAUGCGGAGCACUAGUCCGCGGAACCCUCUAGCCUCUCCGGGACCGAAACUGCAGGGACUCUUACCUAUCGCGAACCCUACCUCGGACGAACUUCCUGCCCGUGCUCCCGAACCUGUCUCGAGUAUGAAGAUUAGCUUCAGUCUUCGGAUCGAUCAGUCGAAACUACUACUCACCUGCCGCCCGGACGCAAACGUGAUUGCUGGCCUUCACUGGGACAGCGGAGGAUUCGUUGUCAACAUUGCUCCCGGAGCCCGACGCGUAUCCUUCACCGGCACCGUAGGCGGUCUCACGGUAUCACUCAAGCAUGGCUUCCUAAGCGAAGACUGCGUCAAGCUCGAUGCUCGCAAUCUCAACUUCUCGAUCGCGUUCGCCAAGGUCCAGCCAGGAGAUGGUCACGUUAUGAGCUCCGUAUCCGUAGUGCUUGACACGGAGUUCUCAGGUGGCCUUCGCUUCUCCCGGUUCCAGGACGUCCUCUGCUUCAGGGCAGUGUGGCUGGACAGGAUACCUACAUUUAGUAGUGGUCCAGCUUUGACUCCCCUUGAGCGUUCCAAUGCGUGGAAUGCCCUUUCCACCCCAAGUACUUCGACAUCCUCUAUCAAGGAAGAGCUGACUACCGCUGUGCUCAUCCGCUUUCGUCGAGUCGAGCUAGAUGUCGACCUGGGGCAGUCUAUCAGCGCGGUCAAGCUUACCCUCGACGACACGCUUGUGCGGACGAAGAUCACCGAGAGACUGUCAGAGCUGUCUCUAGCGAUCGGCAACUUCUCCGUCGUGGCCACUGGCAACUUGGCCGGACAUGCGGAGAUGCCAGAUUUCCAGUUCCAGACGAUACGUCAGAACGACCACGAGUACGCAAGGGAGGCUGGUGGACGAAUGCUGGACCUUUCAAUGAUGAGCGGAGUGUUCACCGUGAAGUUGGACUCAGAGUAUCAUGAAUUGAUCCAGUACCGGGCUGAACCAAUAUCCGUCUACAUCUACGAUGAUUGGUCCCGAAUGUCCUCGGACGUUCCUGCAGAGGAGAGGCGCGUCACCCUCGAUUUCCUCGUCACUGGGACUGAUGUCCUCACCAUCAUGACCGUUGGGACCGUGCCUAAGCUGGUUACCUAUGUGAACAAGUUCCGAAUGAACUUAGAGACGCAAAGGGAAGGUGCAGCUCGCGAAUCCAGAGCGUUCCGUCUGGUGAAUGCUCCCAAGCCAGACAAUCCGCUUUCAGCAGUCGCCAAUGCUAUGUUCCAGUCCGCAAAAUCCCGACUCAAGGAGAACGAGGCUGGUCUCUCGUACACCAUCGGGCAGCGGAUGAGCCUCAAGUUGAAGCUGCUACGGCUGAUCGUCCUUCCGCGCUCGAUGCGGGAUCCUGAGCUAGCACAGUUCGUCGGCCAAGACGUCCAUGCCCGCCUGCACCGACUCAUACAGUCAGGCGAGGAACCCGCUCGGCGUGAUCUCGAGCUGUUCUUCUCUGGAAUCACUAUCUCGAAGAUCAGCCAGCUCCACCACGGGCUGUUGCCCAAGGAGCAACCUCUAGACAGCCGUGAUUGGCUCGCUACAGUCAUCGCGAAAUCACCUGAGGCGACCAUCUUCGGUCUUCCUGCCAUGGACAUGCAGAUGCGUUCCGAAGAAACGCAGGGAUCCCACGGCGGAGAGACACGGCGCGUCCUCAAGUACGACUUUAGCUCCAGUUUCUCCAAAGCAGGCGCCAAGGACGCCGAGGAUAUAUACAUCUCGCUGAACAUGUCUCUAUACUCGUGGCUUACUAUCCUUCGGAAGACCUUCGCCCGCGAGAUGGAGCAAGUCCAGCUGUCCUCAGAGACGCGUAGUGGGGCUGCGGGCACACCUGCACAAACAGUCAUAUCCCUACGGAAGAAGCACGAUUCGAUGGCGUCGCCCCUGUCGUCCACGGAUCGCGACGACGAUGCAUCUCAGGAGUCAGUCCCCGGCAUCCGAACUCGCUCACGUACCCGUGGCUCGAUGUCUAGUAGACUACCUCCGCUGUCCACCAAGUCUGUGGAUGGCACUUCCGCGGCCGCACUCAGCGGGAGGUCGCCUAUCAGUCCUCCUCCCUCUUCGAAGAUUAUGUCGCCGACAGCCGCAACCUUCGGCGCUGCGGCAGAUCCGGUCGCCUCCAGCAGCGCUGGACCCUCAGGAGCCGUAUCGUCAUCCGCGCAAAAGGGAAUGAAGACGACUGGCCUGGUGUAUGUGCCGCAAACGCGCAGGAUAGAGCGCUUGACGAUGCGGCAGCUGGGCGAGGCGACGCCAGAUGUCAUGCAUCCGUUCUUCAUGAAGAAGGCCGGGUUCAACUUGGAGGACUCCCUGCCCCAGUAUGUGCACGAGUACGCGACGAUGCCGACGGAGGAGAUAAUGAAGGCGCUGUUGAAGUUGUACAGUAAGCAGCUGACGAGGAGCGCGACGGAUUCGCCUUGA